AGCCGGACGUAUUUUUAAAUUGCGACAACAAUGGCUGCCUUCAGUAGUCGAUCAUGCCUCCAGUAUUUAUUGCAUCUUGCCCAGGAUAAUCUAGACUUCAGGUUACCGGAAAUAAAAGCUCUGCUGGCUCUCAGAGGGAAACCAUUUCGUCCCUGUGAAAACUUCAGAGAAAAGUCUCCUUUCUGGUGCCUGGAUGGUUUGUCUGAGGAAGAUGUCCGCAGCAUCAUGGCCAGAUCUGUGUGUGCAAAGUCUGCUUUUGAACUGUGGGGCCACGGGCAAACACACAGUGAACUCAGAACAUCCCUUCUGAACUUCCCCUCAGACAUCAUGAGUCCAUUCAUGCACAAAGACUCCACAUACCGGAUAAACGUCUACACUUUCAACAAAACUUUGCUGUUUACAGACAGAAUCAAAAGGAUCGAUGCCUUGGAGUAUCUUCCCUUUGAGGGUACAGUUAGCCUUAAGAAUCCCCAGCACAUCUUCUGCUUAUUAGAGGAUUACGGCACAGACCCCAACAAUAUCCCCGAGCAUCCCAACUACAUCUACUUUGGCAGAUGGAUAGCAGACGGUCAGCGUGAUCUGAUUCGCUCCCACAGUGUGAAGAACAGACACUUCAUAGGAAACACCAGCAUGGACGCUGGCCUCUCAUUCAUCAUGGCCAACCAUGCCAGGGUCAAACAGGAUGACCUGGUUUUUGACCCAUUUGUAGGCACAGGGAGCCUGCUGGUUGCGUGUUCUCAUUUUGGAGCUUAUGUAUGUGGAACUGACAUUGAUUACAACACUAUUCAUGGGAAAGGUCGGUCAAGCCGUAAAAACCAAAAGUGGCGAGGGCCUGACGAGAACAUCAGAGCCAACCUGCGGCAGUACGGGACACAGAAGAUGUACGUGGACGUGAUGGUGUCUGAUGCUUCCAAGCCUGUGUGGAGGGAUGCUGCUCUGUUUGAUGCUAUCAUUACUGACCCGCCAUACGGUAUCCGGGAAGCCACGAGGAGAACAGGCUCCCACAAGGACAUUGCUAAACCCGCUGAAGGCGUCUUUGAAGAGUCUCACGUCCCAGUCUCACAGGCAUACCACCUGAGUGACAUCUUCACAGAUCUGUUAAACUUCUCUGCCCACCACCUGGUCACGGGAGGGAGGCUCGUCUACUGGCUGCCUGUCUACAGGCCAGAGUACUGUGAGGAGAUGGUUCCUCUUCAUCCAUGUCUCCAGCUCAUCAGCAACUGUGAGCAGACACUCUCAAGCCACACGUCACGGCGUCUGAUCGCCAUGGAAAAGAUCAAAGAACCAGAGGAAUUUGAUAGCCUGGCCCAUCUGUCAGAUCCACGCUUCAGCGCCUACCAGGGUCACAAUGCCUUCAGAGAGAAGUACUUCAGUGGACUUAACAAAAAGUCCACCAAGGAGAACAACAAAUCUGAUGUCAGCGGGGACUGAACGCAUCAAUGGGAUGAAGAUCACCAAAUUUCCUCAGUGUCUUAUCAAAAAAGAUGAAACUUUUUAAUCAGCGCAUUGUUGUCAGUGCUCUCAAAAGAAAAACAAGUUAUCCCAUUUUUUAAAAAUCUAUUUGUUUUUUAUUUCUUUGCAAAUAAACCAAAAAUGUGCGUGUUCUUUCUGAGUGGUACUUUUGAGAGUCUGAAAUUAGGUAAGAGAAAGGGAAAUGAAGUGCAUCUCUAUAACAGAUAUUUUCUAAUGUAACAUUUAUAAUUUAGCUGUUAAUUGUAGAAUGUGGUAAUUAAGAAUUGACCAGACUCCCCAAACAUGGAUCCAUGGUUCCAUAAUGCAGGUUGUGCAUAGUUCAUAAUGUGGAACUUUCUACCUGGAAGACACCAGUGUCUAUGUAUGUAUGUCACAUGCUCAGAUACUAAAAACCCAAAUAUAAGAUUGCUGAUGUCAUUGUCAUAACACAGCUCUGCCAUAACCACACUCCAAAAGUGUUUUCACACUCUCUGUUACCUAGCAACUGGUCUUUAUGUGUAAAAUUGAUAAGAGUCUAUAUUUUCUCAUAUUUACUAUAAUUUUACCCCCAUGAUGCCAGUGCACCUUAUACAGAUGAGGUCAAAAUGAUUACCCGCCCUAUAAAAUUGAAAUUUUCUGUCAAAAUUUUUUAUCAAAAAAGUGUUUUUUUUUUAGCAUAGCAUUCCUAAACAUGCUGAUUUUCCCCAUGAAAUAUUAAUUAUUUUAGAGAAUAAUUCAGAACAAACAAAAUUGACCAGGAUCAAAGUUAUUAGCCCCCUGAGAAACUGACCAUUUCACUGAGCCAUAGUACAACCCCCCGCUGUGUCUAGAAAAUCCAAAAUUAAACUGGGAUGUUUGGAAAACCUGUCUUAAAAAUGACUUGCUCUGUUUAACAGCGCUUUGGAAAUCCUUAAACAAAAAAUUUCAAUUUCAUAGGGGUGCUAAUAAUUCUGUCCUCAUCUUUACAUUAGCUCUGUCAGUUUAACCGACUUUAACUCUGUCAUAGAGCCCACAUAUUGAACAAAACAGAAUGGACAUUUAUAUCCACGGUUCUGCUUUGGCUCAGAGUAAGAGAGCAUGUUUAGGUGGCCUCCCUGUGCAGGAAAGAUCCCAAAUCACAGGGCGUCCCCACUUCUCCACCACUACAGUUAGUCAGCAGCUUUUGUUGUUUUCUGACCACAGUUUACAUGCAGCCUGGCUCAUUAUUUAUCUCCUGAGAGCGACGUAGCAGGCCCUCAUGUGCAGUACCCCUUUGCUGUGUUUAUCAGUUGGGCCUCUGCCUUUCCACCACACUUCCCCUUCGCCCUGCUUCACAGGGAGAGUUCCUGGCACCAUCACAUGAUACCCGGCUCACCAUCGUUUGCGGUGCGUGUUGUUUACAGUUCCCACAGCGACCUUUUGUUGUCCAUCAUCAUCAAGCGAAAUCAAAUUAUUCCACAAGACAGAGACCUCGGCUUUCCUUACUUUUCACUUCUGCCCUCUCGCUCUUGGUAUUUUCCUUCCCAUAUUCACCACAACAGAAGAACACUGUUAGUUGGAGAUGGUAGUUUUAAUGCACAUGCUGUCUAUUACUGUGUGUGUGUGCUUCCAUAAUACAGUGAUAAAACAAGUUCUCAGGAGCCCUCAGACUCCAGUGAUGCAGACUAUAAUUAGGGAGAGAGAGGGAGGGUAUGUGGGGGGGGGGGUUCCUCUCUACACA